AUGUUAAGAUCAAUCACCAAAAACUCAACCAGUUUGAAAUCAGCUUCACAAUUUAAAUAUUUCAGUACUUCUUCAAUUGCAUUAAAGGACACUAGAGUUGAAACCGAUGCCUUCGGUCCCAUUGAUGUCCCAAAUGAUAAGUAUUACGGAGCUCAAACGGCAAGAUCCAAACUGAAUUUCAAAAUUGGUGGUCCAGCAGCACGCAUGCCAACACCUGUUGUUAGAGCUUUUGGAAUUUUAAAAAAAUCAGCUGCUAUAGUUAAUGAAGAAUUAGGUCAAUUGGACCCAAAAUUGUCAAAGGCUAUUCAACAAGCAGCAACUGAAGUCUCUGAAGGUAAUUUGGACGAACAUUUUCCGUUAGUUGUUUUCCAAACUGGUUCUGGUACUCAAUCAAAUAUGAAUGCAAAUGAGGUUAUAUCAAAUAGAGCCAUUGAAAUCUUAGGUGGUGAAUUAGGUUCAAAAAAACCUGUCCAUCCAAAUGAUCAUUGUAACAUGUCACAAUCAUCCAAUGAUACCUUUCCAACUGUUAUGCAUAUAGCAGCCGUCACAGAAAUCAACAAUUCAUUGAUCCCUGAAUUAACUAAAUUACGUGAUUCAUUACAAGCCAAAGCUGAUGAAUUCAAAGAUAUUAUCAAAAUUGGAAGAACUCAUUUACAAGAUGCAACUCCAUUAACUUUAGGUCAAGAAUUCUCAGGAUAUGCGCAACAACUUACCAACGGUAUUGAGAGAGUUGAAAAGACUUUACCAAACUUAUUAUACUUAGCUCAAGGUGGUACUGCUGUUGGUACUGGACUCAACACUAAAAAAGGUUGGGAUGUUAAAGUUGCAGAAACCGUUUCAAAACUUACUGGAUUUCCAUUCAAAACCGCUCCCAAUAAAUUUGAAGCCUUAGCUGCACAUGACGCUAUUGUUGAAGCCUCAGGUGCUUUGAAUACCAUAGCAGCAUCAUUGUUCAAAAUAGCAAAUGACAUAAGAUACUUAGGCUCUGGUCCAAGAUGUGGUUAUGGAGAAUUGUCAUUACCCGAAAAUGAACCAGGUUCAUCAAUUAUGCCAGGUAAGGUGAAUCCAACACAAAAUGAGGCUUUGACCAUGGUAGCUUGUCAAGUUUUUGGUAACAAUGCUGCAAUUACAUUCGCUGGUGCAUCUGGUCAAUUUGAAUUAAAUGUUUUCAAACCUGUAAUGAUUGCUAAUUUGUUAUCAUCAAUUAGACUUAUUGCUGAUGGUGCUGCUUCAUUUAGAGAACAUUGUGUUGAUGGAAUUGUUGCUAACAAGGAUAAAAUUGACAAAUUAUUACAUGAAUCAUUAAUGUUGGUUACUGCAUUGAACCCAUACAUAGGAUAUGAUUCUGCUUCAAAAGUAGCAAAGAAUGCUCACAAAAAAGGAUUAACUUUAAAACAAUCAGCUUUAGAGCUCGGAGCUUUGAGUGAGGAAGAUUUUGAUAAAUACGUCGUACCAAGUGAUAUGAUUGGACCUAAGUAA